AUGUUGCCCCAGAGCUCCAUUCUACUCGUGGCUUCACUAUUGGCCGCUGUAAACGCGGAUGGGAUCUACACGAAAAAGUCGCCGGUGCUUCAGUUGAACCAAAAGACCUAUGGUUCACUGGUCGCAAACUCCAAUCACACAUCGAUCGUCGAAUUCUACGCCCCCUGGUGUGGUCACUGCCAGAGCUUGAAACCCGCCUACGAGAAAGCCGCACAAAAUCUGAAUGGCCUGGCAAAGGUCGCGGCGGUCAACUGCGAUGAGGACGAAAACAAGCCCUUCUGUGGGCAAAUGGGUGUCCAAGGCUUCCCAACUCUGAAAAUUGUGACUCCUUCGAAAAAAGCAGGACAUCCACGCGUCGAAGAUUACCAAGGCCCACGGACUGCGAAGGGUAUUGUUGACGCUGUGGUGGAUCGCAUCCCCAACCAUGUGAAGCGCGCAACAGACAAAGACUUGGAUAAAUGGCUGGGACAGAACGAAGAACGACCAAAGGCCAUCCUCUUCACCGAGAAGGGAACCACAAGUGCACUAAUUCGUGCGCUAGCUGUCGACUUCUUGGGCGCGAUUGAUGUUGCCCAAGUUCGCAAUAAGGAGUCUAGCUCCGUGGAGAAGUUCGGUGUCGAAGAAUUCCCAACACUAGUCGUCGUCCCCGGCGGUGAUGCUGAAUACAAGGUGUAUGAGGGCGAACUGAAGAAACAGCCCAUCAUCGAAUUCCUGAGCCAAUUCGCCGAGCCGAACCCAGACGCCAAUGGCAAGGCUGCGGCCGUCAACUCCAAGCCCAAACCCAAGUCGAAGCCUAAGACCAAACCGGCCUCUCAAGAACCUGCGGAGGGGGAUGACGUUGAAAAUGGUGCAUCUUCCGAUACCACAGAGGCCAAGUCUACACAGACCGCCCCUGUUGUGCCCGCUGUGUCCGUUCUAGCCACCCCCGAAACCCUCGAGUCCGCCUGUCUAGCAUCCAAGUCCAAUACCUGUGUUCUUGUCCUUCUCCCCGGAACAGGGGACGCCGAUGCAGAACUCCCUUCGGUGGCUACUGAUGCGCUUUCGAGUCUCGCUGAGAUCGCACACAAGCACUCACUGCGUGGCGCUAAGCUUUUCCCUAUCUACUCUAUUCCUCAACUCAAUACUGCCACAGAGACUUUGCGCAGCGAAUUGAGCCUCGCUGACAAGCAAGAGGUGGAGAUCAUCGCUGUCAAUGCCCGCCGUGGCUGGUGGCGACGAUACGCUGGGGAAGGGGACUUCGGCGUCUCUGCCGUUGAAUCAUGGAUUGAUGCCAUUCGCCUUGGUGAAGGCUCCAAGGGAAAAUUGCCCGAGAACCUAGUCGAUGGCCUUCAAAGCAAGCAUGAGUCGCAGAAGGAGGAGGCCGAGCAUGAUGAACUGUAG